GCCUCUCUCUGCAGAGCUUCAGUUUAAUGUGAGGGACGGAGGAUCUCCAGGCUACAACCGACUGAGGCUGAGUUACAGAAACAGCGAAGACAAUGACAACAUUACGGGCUUUUAACUGCGACGACCUGUUCAAAUUUAACAACAUAAACUUGGACCCUCUAACAGAGACUUAUGGAAUUCCCUUUUACUUGCAGUAUCUGGCACAUUGGCCAGAGUAUUUCAUCGUGGCAGAAGCUCCAGGUGGAGAGCUGAUGGGUUACAUCAUGGGAAAGGCUGAAGGCUCAGUUGCGAGGGAAGAGUGGCACGGCCAUGUUACUGCACUCUCAGUGGCUCCUGAGUUUAGACGACUGGGGCUCGCUGCCAAGCUCAUGGAAAUGCUGGAGGAAAUCUCAGAAAGGAAAGGAGGAUUCUUUGUUGAUCUUUUUGUCCGGGUGUCCAAUCAAGUUGCUGUAAACAUGUACAAACAGCUGGGCUACAGCGUCUACAGAACUGUAAUAGAAUACUACUCAGCAAGCAACGGAGAACCAGAUGAAGAUGCCUAUGAUAUGAGGAAAGCAUUAUCCAGAGAUACAGAGAAGAAGUCCAUAAUUCCACUGCCACAUCCUGUCAGACCAGAGGAUAUAGAAUAACACUGAACAGUGGCUCUCUGACUCCCCCUGUACCCCAUAUUGGGAGAAUAAAGCUGCAGGUUGUCAUUCUUGCCUACAAUGUUUCAGAUGGAGCUUAAGGUUUAUUUUUUUUGUAAAUUAAAUUUGUCAGAGGGUCACUGCUUUGUUAAUCUUAUUUAAACUGAACUCUGCUUGUUCUACCCUUCCAAUGUCUGUAACUGCAGGAUAUAUUCACGUUUUUUAAAGUUAUUAAAAGAUAUUGACAAAA